AUGGGCCAGGAGAGCGGGGACGCCCACGACGAGGAUACGGCGUGUUAUAUCGUGUCGUGCCGUGUUGACGCGGCGGCGACCGCAGCGCUGGCGUUCAAGGUUGAUCGCGCCGAGAACGAGUCUGCCGACGACGCUGCCGGGCUGUGGCGCCGGGCGGCCGCUGAUCCGCUGCUGCAGCGGGGCCGGGCGGGUCGCCGAAAGCCCCGACGCCGGGGUCCUGGCCGACGCCAUCGAGGAGCAUGGCGCCUGGCUGGACAAGGACCCUU